AUGACAGCAUUACCUCCUAGAUUCACUGUCCCACCGCUACCACCUCGAAUACAUCGUCAAAUCAAGCUAGCGAUCACGGAUGAUGGUGUCGCGCUCGCGCCAGAGAGUGGAGAGGGUGUGUUGAUCAGAUGGGGAGUCAAAGGCAAAGUGGAGACUAUCGAUUGCGAACCAGGAGAAGUGGUGCUCGGUGGUGUCCUAGGAAUAGUUAGGCUAUGGGAAACAACCCCCUUAUUCCCUUGUCACGACGUUCACGAUGAGUCUCGAAAUGAAGCUACAAGCUCUCAUGAGGUUUUCACCCUGGAAGAUAUACAUGCUAUCCCUCUCAACCAUGAGAUCGCUCUCAAAGCUCAUAAGAAAUUACUGGAUAUACAGAUAUCUCGUCAACCAACAGCAAAAUCACGAUGGAGUAUAACCCUUCCUCUCCGAAGUGCAGCGAACACAGCUAAAGGGGGAUCAGAAGAGAGUUCAUCGGAUGAUGAUGAUGAAAUUCCAGAAGCAGAUGAAACUCCCUUACCAUCCAAAACACGAGAAUGGACCAAGUUCAUGCCAAAGCUACGUAAGAAACAGCCAAACGACCCGAAGACGAAUGAAACCUUGCCGGACGAUCCACCACAGCGAGAAGAGCUCGAGGCGAAGAUCGUUCGACAGAUCAUUCGCGAAUUUAGUAAUGGAUUCUUCUUCUCAUACGAUUUCGACCUGACACAUUCACUACAGCACAAGCGAAAGAUACUCGCUCAGCGCAAUGCUUCUCACACCGCCUUGACCCAUCUUAUCCCUAGAGAAGGUUCCCUCUUUCCCCCUUCACCUUCAAGUACCUUACCGCGACACAACUUAUGCGAGGAUGACUUUGUCGAACCAGAUAUGCAAGUGCCGCUCUGGCGAAGAACGGAUCGACGUUUCUUCUGGAACGAAUACCUCAUGAAAGACUUUAUCGAUCUGGGUUUACAUGCUUAUGUCAUACCGAUGAUGCAGGGCUGGGUACAAUCAGCAUCUUUCACCAUCCCUAUACCUCCUAAUCCUUUAGAACCCGAAAAGUCGCUUGGAGCCGUACCAUUAGAUCUUGUAGUCAUCUCAAGGCGUAGUAGAGAUAGAGCAGGUCUUAGAUAUCAGAGACGAGGGAUCGACGAUGAAGGCCAUGUGGCAAAUAUGGUUGAAACAGAGAUGAUCGUACGAGCUAAGCUUUGUGCAAGUACGAGGAUCCAUUCCUCUUAG